AUGUCAAUGUCGUCGUCAUCGGAGGAGGAGGAGAGUAGCCGGAAAACGGUGGAGGACAAGUCUAAGAUGGGGAGGAGAAAGAGGGCAAUCUGGGAAAGAAAGUGGAAGAGUUUGGACAUUGUGUACGCUUCGACUUCUCUCUUUGUGCAUUUCCUCUGUCUCUUAGCUCCUUUCAAUUUCACUUGGCCGGCUUUACGGGUUGCACUCAUUGUCUACACGGUGACUGGGCUCGGUAUCACCGUCUCUUACCACCGUAACUUGUCUCACCGAAGCUUCAAAAUCCCUCGAUGGCUCGAGUAUUUGUUUGCUUAUUGCGGCCUUCUUGCCAUUCAGGGAGAUCCGAUUUUUUGGGUGAGCACACAUCGAUACCAUCACCAGUUUACAGAUGCAGAUAGGGACCCGCAUAGUCCUAGUGAAGGUUUUUGGUUUAGUCACCUCCUAUGGCUAUUUGAUACUGGUUAUCUUUCAGAAAAGGGCAUUGGGGUAGCAAUGCAGCAUCAUGUGAGUGGCUUCAUCAACUCUCUUUGCCAUAUUUGGGGAAGCCGAACUUGGAAGACUAAUGACACUUCUCGUAAUGUUUGGUGGCUAUCGGUAUUCUCCUUUGGAGAGAGCUGGCACAACAAUCACCACGCAUUCGAGACGUCGGCCAGACAAGGCUUGGAAUGGUGGCAAAUAGACAUCUCUUGGUACAUCGUCCGCUUUCUUGAGAUCAUCGGUUUGGCUACUGACGUGAAGCUGCCUUCAAAGAGUCAACGACGUCGUAUGGCAUUGGUUCGUUGA